AUGUCACAGAGCAGUGCCGCAUCAUCAUCCUCUCUUCCACCCUCCUCACAGAUCCCUCCACCGGACUAUUAUGAGCCCCCCCAACGGCGGUUAUCCACACCCUCUUCCCAGACGGCUCCCCACAACACCUCCCACAACCCUCCUCCGUUACUUACCCAUUCUACCAGUAACAUCUCGCAGGCAUCAACCGUGUUCUCAAUGCCGGAAGAGGAUGACGGACGACCGCCAGAUUCCCCUUCCUCUUCCUCCCGUGGUUCGCCUCCGCUAAUAUCUGCAACCACUACUCCCGUGGUUCCCCCUUCAGGCGCAAAUCCCCAGUGCAAUCCCUUUCCCGCCAGUCCUUCCAUUGCCGCGUCAGCUGCGGGAUCGAAACGCACGGCUUCCGGGACCGUUAAGGGCACGUUGCUCGGCGCGUCUGGUCCUGGUUCGCCUGCUACGCCGGUGACACCAAGAUUCGCGAGGAUACAUACUGGAAUUGAUGCAAGCCCGAGGGAUGUUUCACAGGUAUGUCCAACCUUUAUUGAAUGCUCAAUUCCUCCAUUUUUCUCGUAGAUUGGCCGCACCUUGCGCUUACACGUUCUCUCCCACGCAUGUUGAUUAGAUAUCCACCGCUCUCCGAACACGGUUGACCUAUGCCCUUCUCAAACUGGAGAAUAACUGGACUACCGAGAGUAUUGAUCAGAUAGAGGCGCGCGUUGCUCAGGGUCAGUACCUGUCUUCGUCACCUUCUCCACGCGUUCGUAUCAAGCGUGAACCGAGCGUUGGGGAUGAGCAGUCAUCCGGUCUCGAUUCGAUACGACGGCACACGCGAACUAAUAGUGAGCCCAACACAGCACAUCCGAUAUCUGCUGGUAGCGCUGCUGGGAGGACGUAUGAAGCCUUUUGGAAGAACCACCGGCCACACCCGGCCAUUACCAAAAAUCUCAAGGCCAAAGCAGCAUCCCAGGCGCUGGGAAUAUCUACAAAUACUCAUACGCCACAACCCAUGACACCGUCAUCUCACUCAUCUCAGAGGAGUGGGAGCAGUUUGCAGCCCCCUGCCCAGAUCGUAUCCGAUCGGGACAGACGGUCAUACUACAAUCCUCCCAGGAACCCGCCAGCACUGACAACUGCCGGUAGUAACCUAAGUAACUACAGCACAUAUUCCAAUGCGUCGAUGGGGUCGAUGGGGUCAAUGGUAGCGAACACCCCGCCUCCGCUAGUAGCGCAGAGGUCAAUGGAACAGGAUGCCGUGGAGAGUCUGAUGUUCCUGUCGUCGCCCGGUAAUUCUCGCCCGUCAUCCCAGCAGACAAUAUCAUCAGCACAAAACAGCCAGCACUCACAGCCACCUGUUGCCACUUUUCUCCCCUCACCCACCCAACCCCCGUCGAGAGCCAGACACAAUUAUGCUCGCAAUGCAACCACAUGGCCUCGGGAUAGACCGCGUCAUAAACAGCAGAGGACGGGACUGGAGGGUCUUGGUGUAACGAUGCGAAGAGGUGGCAUCGACGAGGACGAGGACGAUGCGACGGACGAGGAUAUCGGUCCUGAUUCGGUGAACGAGAGGGCUAAGGACGGCUGCACUGCUGGGUUAAAGAGCCGGGGGGGCAGAAGCUCCAAUAUAAGCCCCGUCGAAAGGGUUGCCGAGGUUGCCAAACACAAGGGGGAUGUUGGAAACGCUUCGUCGAGGACUGCAGGGACAGUUAGUACUGGCGGAGGAAGGGUCAGGAUGGGGGCAAGUAGUAGCAGCGCCGCCACGAUUCGGGGCUAGAGCCGUUGCCCGUCUUUUUGUGGCGGCUGUCAAGUUACUGUUGCGCUGGUUGCGUGCUUUUGAAAAAUCCUAUGAUUCGCUCUGGAGGUGUUGCUUAUUUCGGACGGCUUCUUGACAGGUACUAGGGAACUUUGAACAAAUUGGGUGUUAUAAACUUUUUUUUUUUUUUUUUUUUGCUUACCUUCUUUUUGCUUACCCUUUCACUUUUCCUUUUCAUUUGAGAAUCUCUUUUUUUUUCCUUUUUUUUUCCUUAGAAAAAAAAAGAGAGAUAUCUCACCUUCUAUUUUAAUUCUUUGAUCUGGGGGCUGCGGCAAACAGGAGUAGUACGGGACUGGGGAGUUAACGGGAUGCAUCGGAUGUUCAGGUUUUUUUAAUCUGUCAGUGGGUUAGUUUUUUAUUUUAUUGUCACGAAUUCUUUUUCUCCUUUCCGGGGUUGGGCCGUUUGAGUGGUGGUGGCUAUCCUCUGAUCUCUAUGUCUCCCUGCCUCUUACUCUCUAUGUCCAUGCUCCAACCGCCUUGUUUCAUUCCCUUUUGUUAUAUUCCCUUCAGCUUGAUAUGAUACGACAGUGAUGACGAAUUUGAUGAUAUCCGUUGAAGUCCGCUCGGGUCUUGUUGGAACUAGUUAUAAUGGUAAGGAUGGAAGGGAAGGGAAAAAGAAGGGGUGGAGUGCAAAAAAAGGGACGGGCAGUUUGGAAUUGGCUGGCUGGUCUGGACCGGCUUGCGCAGGCGUUAGAAGGUUUUAGAGAGGUAUGAGGUGGGAGGAACAGCAAAACAAAGACGUGGUGAGAUUCGACGUGGGAAAGGAUUGGCUAGUUAGAGAAGUGCAUAUAAGGUACGGGAUGGAACACAAGGGGGUGACAGGACAUGAUCCAACCAGAUCUGUCGGAUACUUGCUGUCUACCCGCAGCAAAGGGAAGACCGGGAGAGGAAAAAGGUUAGAGAUUGGCUGAUUGCUAUGUUCCGUUCGUUUUCGAAAUCUAAUGAAUGGUGGUGUGAUUUGGGUACU